UACGACCUCUGGAGACUUCGCAAUGAGUCCGGCCUUCAUGCUUGGCAGAAGAAUGAGGUAGAGGAGCUUAGUAAUCUGAUACAAAAUCGAAUCUACACAUUGCAGAAUCCCGCUGAUUGUAAUUCUGCUAAGAAAAUCGUUUGCAAUUUGCCUGCCUGGCCUAAGGGCCGAGGAAUAGGCAGUCAGCUUCACCAUAUUAGCUACUGCUUCCUCGCUUCAUACGGGACAAAGAGAACGCUCAUUAUUAACGAAACGUCAACCAACAUGAACUUUAGCAAGGGUACCUACUUUCUACCCCUUAGUGAAAACUGUACCUCUAAUAGUAUUAGCACUGCGUGGCCAGGCAAACAAGACUCGCACGUCAUCGAGUUCCCAGGCAAUGACAAACCCAAGCCGCGGCCGAACUACUUCCCAAGGUCAGUGCCACGGGACUUUGCCCAGCGCCUCAUGCAAGCCCACGGCGACCCCUUCGCCUGGUGGAUGGGGCAGUUCUUCAAGUACGCCUUGAGGAUGACCGAAGGAUUCCAGGACUACGUUGAGAAACUAGGGGCUCGUCUAGGCUUCCAGAGUCCUAUUGUUGGAGUACAAGUCAGGAGAACAGACAAGCUGCGUCACGACUCAAGAUUCAUAAAACUGGAAGAAUACAUGGCUGUCGCGGACGACUUUUUCGACGACCUGGAGAUUCGAGGGACGAAGGUGACGACUCGCAGGAUCUACUUGGCCACAGACGACCCGCAGGUCCCCCAGGAAGUGAAGGCGAAAUUCCCCAACUAUGAGCUUGUGUUCAACAAGGAGAGCGUCGCCACAGCCAGCGUCAGCCAAAGGAGGAGCGAAGCCAACAUGAGAAACCUCAUGGCUGACAUCUAUUUCCUCUCUCGCUCUGACUUCCUAGUGUGCGGCAUGUCAUCUAAUAUAUGCAGGCUGGCGUACGAGCUCAUGCAGACCCUCCAUUCGGACGCCUCGUGGAAAAUGUUUUCCAUGGAUUUACAUUAUUGUUUCCACUUCGAGAGCGCUCACGAGGUACAGGCUAGGUACCCUCACACGCCUCGAAGGGACAUCGAGAUCGAGCUCCAGAAGGGCGAUCGUGUGAUGAAAUCUCCGCGUCACUACAACAAGCAUCGCAAUUAUCACGACGGUUUCUCGCACGGAAUGAAUCUGAGAACGGGAAAAGCCGGCUUGUACCCAAUUUACAAGACGGUUGAUGUCCUGCUGCUCGCUGACACGCCACCCUUCGAUCAGAUUGACAAGAGGGAAGAGUAAUUAGGUCUAGAUUUACUAAAGAAAAUUAUUAUAAAUAUGAAAACUAUAAAUAACAUCUUCAAAAAAAUGGUUCUAUAAAUGGUCAAAACGCUGAGGUAAGUACAUUAAGUGUAGAAAUUUCCCCCCUCUCACCGCGCUCGCAGGAGUACCAACCGUUUUUGUAAGUAACCCUGCACGCAGAACGGUCGGGGGGGGGGGGUCGACCUUGCGAAAAAAGGAUUUGGAGACUUGAAAUAUGUCGCAUUUGAUACAUUUAAGCCAAAGCCAAUUCCGCUUCCUUUGCAACUUUAACGGUUACCUCCUCAAUACAGUUAACUUCUGAA